CUUCUCACGCAUGAACGUUUGUCGACCUUGUUAUUAAAGCUGGGUUAUGGGUUGGUUAAUAUAGAAAGCCCUAAAUGAGAGGAUAAGCCUAGGGCUAAUUACUGAAAUAACAGUAAGCGUGAGGGCUAGAACUAAAUUAUUUUGAUUGCUGUAUUUAUAGUCGUUUGCAACAAUGUCUACAGAAGCAGCCCUCUUUGUCCCUGGCCUGGCGCUUUUACUGGCUAUCAUGUCAAUAUUGGCGCCCGUGGACGCCUCUGGAAUGUGUGGCCUCGAACCUACACCAGCGUGCUCGGGCCCUGAUUACUCAGCCGUAUUCCGUCCACCCGAGGAAGGAAUUGACUUCGACAACCUACCAGGCUACACGCGUAGCGCGCAUGCCGCCGACCAUGCCCUAGUCUCCGUGGAGAGCCGCGUCUUUGCUGGGCAACGUGGCUGGAAGUCCGCGCUGACAGCCCACAUAGUGUCGCCCGCUCGUGGCGCCAACUUCGCCAUGUACCUCGCGGACAUGGGCGAAGACUCCCGUGCGGACCCUGCCCGCUCUGGCGUGGAGCGCUUUGUGAUGGUGGUUCAGGGCGAGAUAGUCGUUCGCCAUGGCAGCAAAGACAUCUAUCUGGGUAAAAACACGUAUGCGUACUUCCCUCCAAACUGCACGGACCUCAUCUCGUCGGAUUCAGGCGCUGGGCUGCUGGUCUUUGAGCGCGUCUACGCAGCUGGCGGCAAACCUGUUUUCCGCAGCGGCAACGUAGACGAAUCCCCGCUACUGCCCGUCGGUCCUGAGGUCUUUGAGCUGCGCAAGCUGCUUCCGAUGACCGCUGACUACGACUUCAAUGUCCAUGUCAUGGACUUCAAGCCAGGGGAGUACCUGGUAGUCAAAGAAACGCAUUACAACCAGCACGGACUGCUAAUGAUGGAGGGCAAGGGAAUAUACCGGUUGGGUGACAGCUGGUACCCUGUGCAAGCUGGAGAUGCCAUUUGGAUGGCGCCGUACGUGCUGCAGUGGUAUGCGGCUCUCGGUACGACACGCACACGCUACGUGUUGUACAAGGAUACGACCCUGGAUCCGCUGCUUGGUUAAGCGGGCACCGAAUUUGGAUAUGGGAACUGUAAAGAGGGCCUAUAACAAGCGGUGAACUGCUUGGUCAUGAGAGGGGUAGAUUUCCGGACGCCUCCGCCCUGAGUGAGUCAUGCCUGAAGUGUGAUCCAAAUGAAGAUUCGGAUAGCGUUGUUAGUUAGCCCUAUCUGUAAGACAUUGUUACAAGUCCGUACCACAUUGUAGUGUACGAAGUGUAUUGUAGGGGUUGCUGAAUGCUUUCCGCGUAUGUGUAUUACUAGCAGCAUGUAUUGCUGAGCAUUGUACCCGAUCUGUACUCGUGAGUCUACGGAUUGGCAAGAGCGGUACAGCAGCAAGGUUAGGCAUUUCAUUCUUAGAAGUGGCUGCUGCCGGCCCUCUUUUGCCGCGUUCGUUGGAAGUAACCAAGCUAGGCAGCAUUGUAGGGUAAGGUCUAGUGCAUCACAGCCCUUGACAAUAUUCCACCUGAGGUCGAUAUUCCUCUCCUCAAUCUCAGGGAGAUGGGGGGUGGAGGAGGAGGGGAAUGCCGUGAGGUGUGUGCGCAGGUUGCGGUGGCAUGGGCAGACCUCGGGUGGGUUGGUGCUGUGGCUGCUAGCGCCGUGUUGCAGACCUUGUUUUGCCUGGCCCAGCACGUGUCCUGCUUGCAUGGGCCUAAAUAUAUGUGCCCUGUGUGCAUUUGCGUUUGGCUGUAAUGUGUUCAUCUCAGGGUUGGUCGAGCCGAACCCGGCUUCCAUCUACAUGGCAUGGCGGCUCCAUUCACGGUGUGCGGGCACGAAGGGGCCCACAUGUUUUGAGACACACAGCGCAAACUGUCACAGCAGUAAGCAAACAGCCCUUACAGUGCCCAUGUUGCGGACGCGGCACCCGAUUGCCGUCUGUAUGACACUAUGGUACCCAGGGUUAACCGGAACUGUAACCGUGGCAGCAUCCCUCUACACAUUGUCUUCCCACGCAAAUUGAUCACAUGAUCUCUCGGUCGGGUGUGGAGAGGGAAGCUGGCAUGGGGCUCAGUGGGCUUCAUGUGGGCUGCGGUAUUGUGCUGAGGCAUGCAUGCGGCCGUCCUGUACGGCACUUGCAAACGCUUGACGAUAGAGGUCAUCGCGAUGAAGGUGUAACAGUGUGAUUUGUUGUUGUGUCUAUCUUGGUUGGUUGUCGGGACAUGAUGCUUCUUACGUUGCGUGCCGCCAUGUUUUGAAGGCUAUUGCCAACGAAGACAUUUUCUACAAGACAAGUUACUUCUCUAGUUUUAAUUUACGUUUUCUAGAACGAAAGAGGAUUUUCCUGUCGUAAGCUUUGACUGUAAAGACGUUGUUCAGCUGUCAUCUCAUCGAGUACAGAGCUAGACCGAUAAGCUUGCUGUACGAUGGAGCUUUCGCCUGAAGGUCUUGCAGCCGCGGCAGCAACUCGUCAAGCAGCGCGGAAACGCCAAACAGAUGGCAAAGCGGAUGCUAACGGCAGCCCUGCUCAAGCGGAGCCUGCGACUAAGCGCCAGCAAGGCCUUGGCGGUCGCCCACCUGCCACAUGCACGCAUGAGGUUGCUAUACCGGAGGGCUUCGACGAGUCCUCUAUAAAGCUCGACCCAGAGGUCCAUGGCACGCUACACGCCCCCGUGUACACGGGCCCCCGUGCCAAGGAGUACCCCUUCGUGCUGGACCCCUUCCAGGAGACCAGCGUGGCGUGCCUGGAGCGGCGCGAGUCUGUGCUUGUGUCCGCGCACACCUCCGCCGGCAAGACGGUGGUGGCGGAGUACGCCAUCGCCAUGGCCUUCCGCAGCAGCCAGCGGGUCAUAUACACCUCGCCGCUCAAGGCCCUGUCCAACCAGAAAUAUCGGGAGCUGAGUGAGGCCUUCAACGGCGAUGUGGGACUCAUGACGGGUGACGUCAGCCUCAACCCCAACGCAUCGUGCAUCGUCAUGACCACGGAGAUCCUGCGGUCCAUGAUCUACAGGGGCAGCGAGUUGCUCCGCGAGGUGGCCUGGGUGGUGUUCGAUGAGGUGCACUACAUGCAGGACCGGGAGCGCGGGGUGGUGUGGGAGGAAACCAUCAUCUUCCUGGACCACCACACAAAGAUGGUGUUCCUGUCCGCCACGCUCUCCAACAGCUCCCAGUUCGCCGCCUGGGUGGCGCACCUGCACCGCGCGCCCUGCCACGUGGUGUACACCGACUACCGACCCACACCGCUGCAGCACUACGCCUACCCCCUGGGCGGUGACGGGCUGUACCUGCUGCUGGACGAGCGAGGCAACUUCAGGACUGAGAACUUCACGCGGCUGCAGGACAGCCUGACUGCCACCGUGGGGGGGCCUGCAGAUGGGG